AUGACGGAGCUCGUGGCCAGCCAGCAGCCCAGCCCUCCAGGCAUGGAUCUAGCUGCUGGAGCUAAGCUGGUCGCUCGAGUCACGGAGCUCGAGCAGCGAGCCAUUGGGCUACAGGCGACCAAGGACGACCUGAUCGCCCAGAUCCGGGCGCUUCAACAGGCAGGUGGCAUU